AUGGAGGUCAGAUACUCGGAAGGUUACGCUGGUCUCCUCCAGCCACAAGGUGAUGGGCCCUACCCUUUUGCCACUGCUCUUGCCGACACUUAUCGAAGUCAUAAUCUGACCGUGACGGCGGGCCAGAGUUACCGUGCACCGUUCAUCCAAGGUGGUCAGAGGUGGCAAACAUUAAGAGCUUCAGAAACGGCCACGUUCGAUUCUAUCGGCUUCGUGCCCAGCUUCUCCACGUUGGAGCCCGACGAACUCCCAUCUCACUUCAGCUCCUCGGACAGUGAACUAAACAACAUCUGGCGUCUCGGCGCUCGCACUGUGUUGGCCGCAUGCUUCGACAAAGGCACUCAACCAACCACCUGGUCGACUAGCUCAGAGGGCGUACUGGUACAAGGACAGAGGCCAGCACUCACCCGCAAGUUUUACGCCAUGGAUCCGUAUACGUUGACGUUUGAAAGUCGCAUCGAGACAGGUGGAACCGGCUGGGCUGUCGGCUUCCCCGCCGCGACACUCAACGGCGGUCUGCUUCUCUACAUCCGCAACGACUCACUCACGCUGGGCUACGGAUGGUCCUUGUUAAAUCAAACUUCACUACCUGCGUACGUGUUGGACUCCUUCCCCGUCUCUGUCCGCGAAGGUCGAUGGCUUAAAGUAGAAACCGAGGUUGCAGACGAGCACCUUGCAGUAACCAUCGAAGGACAACCCAUCUUCAAUGUGUCGUUCAGCGACUAUUGGAUCCCGGGCGCACCUGCAAGGCAGUCAUACCUUCGUGGGUCGUUUGGCUUUGGUCCGUGGCAAGAUCAUGUUGCGCGCUACCGCAAUGUUCAAGCGACGUCGAAGAACGGCACCGUGCUGUAUUCCGAGGCAUUGACAGACACCUCUAACCGGCUUCUAGAAGAAUACGGUGUCGCUACCAAUCUGCACCCAGUGUGCCUGGAUGGCGCCAAACGUGACCGUAUGGUUUGGCUUGGCGACUUGUACCACACGGUGCGUACAGUAGCUUCAUCUUCGGCUCGACCUGAUCAAAUCGAAGGCACGCUGGACUACAUCUUUGGAUAUCAAACCACGGAAGGAACUCUGCCCAUUUCGCCCUCAAUGGGCUACAACCCAACCAAAGCGAUGGCAGACGCACGAAGGCGAGACACAUUGAACUUCGUACUGCAAGGCGAUGCCAAUAUUCCCACCAAGGCUCCACCUGGAUCCUAUGGUCUCUUGGACUACGAUGUCCUCGGACUUCUGGUGUACGUGCGUCACGUUGAAGACUGGGGUUGGUCAAGCUGGGCUGAAGCCAAUUUGGUCCAUGCCUCACGCAUCUCAGAAUUCAUCGUCUCCCAAAUCAAUCAGACAACCGGACUGGUUGACUUCGGAGGCUUCCUUGGCCCCGCCCAAGGUUCCGCUAUCGGCUUCUGCUCCCUCAGUGCGCUCCGAAGCUUUGCAAAGCUGAGCUUCAACUCGACGCUGCAAACCGAAGCUAACAGGCUAGAGAAGGCCUUGUGGGGUCUGUGGGACUCGGAAAAGGGUUCUUUCCGCGUCUCGAUGAUGGAUGGCAACAUCUCGCUCGCAGCCACAGCCUUCGCUAUCCAGAGCGGGGCGAUUAAGCCCAACGAUACCGAGCAUAUGGAACCUCUUUUGGGUCGUCUCGGCGAGAUCAAGGUUGCUAUUGGAGGAUAUCUGGAUUCGUCUGCCAACAUUUACGACCCGACGGCCACUAUCUCGCCCAAUGUCAAUGGCUUCUUGCUUGAAGCGCUGGCGCAGGCAGGACAGCACCACACCGCUGUCGAUCUUAUGCGAGGAAUUUGGUCGCGAAUGCUCAACAAUGCAACCACAAGCACGGGAACCACUUGGGAAUACAUGUCACAGACGGGCCAGCCAGGCCUAUCUCUCUUUACGAGUCACAGUCAUCCUUGGUCAAGUGCACCAACCUAUGUCUUGCCUCGAUAUGCUGCGGGCCUGCGGCCGACGGCACCCGGAUACGCGGAGUUCGUAGUGGAGCCUCAGCCAGCCGCUUACAAUCUCAGCUGGGCUACUGUGAAUCAGAAGUCACCAUACGGUCUUAUUCAAGUUCGAUGGAACCAAACAAGCUCACAGCUGAGAGUCAGCGUGCGAGCGCCAAAGGAGACAAAGGGCGGGGUGGCAGUCACUCUGCGGAAUGGUACCCGUCGAGUGACAAGCCUUGAAGCCCGCACGGGCUGGCAAGAGGUCAUCGUCGACCAGAAGGAUGUCUGA